AAAAAAAUUAAAAAAAAAUUCACCCAUUCCGUUGCCAUCGAUUUGGCAAAAAAAAAACUAUCUUCUUCUCUCACUCACUGGUCUUCUUCACUUGCUUCUCCACUCCAUUUCAGAUCCAAACCAAAAGAAAUGGAACCAGACGUCAGCAUAGAGACAUCAUGCAUGAUCCGAAUCGCAAUUAUACCAAUCGGACCGGUCCCGCCAACCAUCCUCCGCGACUAUUACUCAAUGUUUCUCCGCCACCACACAAUUCCUCUCUCCGGCAUUAGUUCAUUCUACACAGAGCAUCAAAAAUCGCCAUUUUCCAAUCAGCCAUGGGACACCGGUUCUCUCCGCUUCAAAUUCAUUCUCGGCGGUUCACCUCCUAGUCCAUGGGAAGAUUUUCAAUCCAAUCGCAAGAUUCUCGCCGUCAUCGGCGUUUGUCACUGCCCUUCUUCUCCUGAUCUCGAUUCUGUUAUCGAUCAGUUUAACGCCGCUUGUAAAAAUUACUCUUCUGCCCUUAUUUCUCGCUGUUUCGCCUUUUCGCCUUGCGAUUCUCAGUUGGAGGAUGGAGGUAAACAGGAGGAGAAUUUGAAAUUGUUUCCGCCCGCCGAUCGGGAAACCCUAGAGAUACAUUUGCAGACUAUGAUGCAAGAUAUAGCUGCUUCCUUGCUGAUGGAAUUUGAGAAAUGGGUUUUACAGGCUGAAUCUGCCGGAACUAUACUCAAGACGCCUUUGGAUUCGCAAGCAAGUUUAAGUUCAGAGGAGGUGAUCAAGGCUAAAAAGAGGAGGCUUGCGCGUGCACAAAAGACUAUUGGGGAUUAUUGUUUGUUAGCUGGAUCACCUGUUGAUGCUAAUGCCCACUAUUCGACUGCUCUUGAAUUAGCUAGAUUGACUACUGAUUUCUUCUGGUAUGCUGGAGCUUUGGAGGGUAGUGUUUGUGCCUUGCUGAUAGAUCAAAUGGGCCAAAAGGAUGCAGUUUUUGAGGAUGAGGUUAGGUAUCGGUACGGUAGCGUGAUAUCACAUUACAAGAAGUCAUUUACACCAGAUAAUGCUCAAAGAGUUUCUCCUUUAAGCUUUGAACUUGAAGCUACUCUGAAAUUGGCAAGAUUUCUUUCCAGAAGAGGAUUUACUAAGGAUGUGGUGGAGUUGCUAACUAGUGCUGCUGAUGGUGCGAGAUCUUUGAUUGAUGUCAGUGAUAGACUUGUAUUAUAUGUUGAAAUAGCUCGCUUGUAUGGGUCUCUUGGCUAUCAGAGGAAAGCGGCAUUUUUUUCAAGGCAGGUAGCCCAGCUUUAUAUGCAACAAGAUAAUAGAUUGGCAGCUAUCAGUGCUAUGCAAGUUUUGGCAAUGACCACCAGCGCAUAUCGUGUUCAGAGUAGAGCAUCCUUCUCCAGUCAUCUUCCUUCCAACAAGGAAAUUGGAUCCAGCCAUGCUGAUAAUGGAAAAAUGCAUCACCAGUCAAUUGUUUCUUUAUUCGAGUCUCAGUGGAGCACAUUGCAGAUGGUUGUACUGAGGGAGAUAUUGCUUUCUGCGGUGCGUGCUGGAGAUCCUCUUGCUGCUUGGAGUGCUGCUGCACGGCUACUAAGAUCAUAUUAUCCUCUUAUCACACCAGCUGGACAAAAUGGCCUUGCUAGUGCACUUGCUAAUUCAGCUGAAAGGCUACCUUUAGGAACCCGCUGUGCUGAUCCUGCCUUACCUUUUGUAAGGUUAUAUUCUUUUCCUCUCCAUCCCUCUCAAAUGGACAUUGUAAAACGCAAUUCAGCUAAAGAAGAUUGGUGGGUUGGAUCUGCUCCAUCGGGGCCUUUUAUAUAUACACCAUUCAGCAAAGGGGACCUAAAUGACAGCAGCAAGCAGGAGUUGAUAUGGAUUGUUGGAGAACCAGUUCAGGUCUUGGUGGAGUUGGCAAACCCCUGUGGCUUUGAUCUAAGGGUUGAUAGCAUAUACCUUUCAUUGCAUUCGGAAAAUUUUGAUGCUUUCCCCGUUAGUGUAGAUCUUCCACCUAAUUCAUCAAAGGUGAUCACAUUAUCUGGAAUCCCAACUUCAGAAGGCUCAGUGACAAUUCCAGGGUGCAUUGUUCACUGUUUUGGCGUUAUUACAGAACAUGUUUUUAGAGAUGUCGAUAAUCUGCUUCUCGGUGCUGCACAAGGGCUUGUCCUCUCUGACCCAUUCAGAUGUUGUGGAUCUCCAAAGCUGAGAAAUGUAACUGUUCCAAAUAUUUCUGUAGUGUCUCCACUUCCAUUGCUAGUUUCUCAUGUUGUGGGUGGUGAUGGUGCAAUAGUUCUGUAUGAAGGUGAAAUACGUGGUGUGUGGAUUAGUCUGGCUAAUGCAGGCACAGUGCCAGUUGAACAAGCCCAUAUCUCGCUUUCUGGGAAAAAUCAAGAUUCCGUUGUCUCAAUACCAUAUGAACUCCUAAAGUCAGCACUUCCUUUGAAGCCUGGUGCAGAAGUAAUCCUGCCUGUUACACUAAAAGCUUGGCAGCUUGGAACAAUGGACCUUGAUUUUACUGGUGGUAAGCAUGGCUCUGGAAAUAUUGGGAGACAUUUAAAAGACGGUAGCAGCCCUACAUUGCUGAUACAUUAUGCUGGACCCUUGCCAGAUUCUGAAGAUCCUCCAUCAAAAGGAUCUGCUCUUCCUCCUGGCAGACGCCUGGUUAUUCCCCUGCAUGUUUGUGUAAUGCAAGGAUUGUCUUUUGUGAAGGCUCGUUUGCUUUCAAUGGAAAUUCCUGCUCAUGUUGGUGAAAAUUCUCCAGGACAAGUUCAUAAUGAGCUUAAUAAUGGUAAAGAAGCUAUUAGUCCAAAAAGCAAGAUGGAUGGUUUGGUAAAAAUUGAUCCUUUCAGAGGAAGUUGGGGGUUACGUUUUCUGGAAAUGGAAUUGUCUAAUCCAACUGAUGUUGUAUUUGAAAUCAGCGUCUCUGUGCAAAUCGACAGUCAUGAGGAUAACCUUUCUGCCGAACAAGAUGCUACAGAAUUUAGUUUCCCAAAAUCAAGAAUUGAUAGGGAUUACUCUGCACGGGUUUUAAUACCGCUGGAGCACUUUAAAUUACCUAUUCUCGAUGGUUCUUUUUUCAUGAAAGAUUUUCAGCCUGAUGCGGGUAUUGGCAGCAGAAAUUUAAGCUUCUCGGAAAAGAGCGCCAAGGCUGAACUAAAUGCUUCCAUUAAAAAACUCAUUUCUAGAAUAAAAGUGAGAUGGCAAUCAGGACGGAACAGCUCUGGAGAGUUAAAUAUAAAGGAUGCCAUACAGGCAGCUCUUCAGACAUCCGUAAUGGAUGUGCUAUUACCAGAUCCAUUGACAUUUGGCUUCAGGCUUGUUAAAAGCAGUUUCCGACAAGAAUCUGAGAUGCCUGUCGACUUCUCUGGGUCUAAAGGUUCAGUAGUGGCUCAUGACAUGACUCCGAUGGAAGUAAUAGUUCGCAACAACACCAAGGAAAUGAUUAGAAUGAGUCUCAGCAUAACAUGCAGGGAUGUUGCUGGACAUAAUUGUGUUGAGGGUACUAAGGCCACAGUCUUAUGGGCUGGUGUUUUGAAAGGGAUUAUUAUGGAGGUUCCGCCUCUUCAAGAAUCGAAGCACUGUUUCUCUUUACAUUUUCUAGUCCCUGGUGAGUACACUCUAGUAGCUGCUGCUGUGAUUGAAGAUGCCAAUGAUGUUCUCAGAACUCGUGCAAGAACUGAUUCACCUGAUGAACCAAUCUUUUGUCGAGGGCCUCCAUUCCACAUUCGCGUAAUCGGGACUGCUUGACUAUUCUGCACCCUAGGCGAAUGGGUUUUUUCGGGCAUCAUUAUAAUGAAUCACGAUGUUUUCCCACGGUAUGCCCGUGAUUCUUGUCCUAUUGUACGAGUAUGUUGAUGUGCUUGUAAAUUAAUGACUAUACAUGCAUUCUUUCAGAAAUGUAUCGAUUUUGGAAAGCUGAAAGCAAUUACUCAGAAUUUAA